AUGAAGAUCGCAGCGUCACUCGCCUUCUUUGCGGCGAUUGCCACGGCGCAGUCCGUAAUUGAGAGUGCCAGCUUCGGCUAUGGAUCCUCACUAUCCCCGAACCGGGAUACCAUUCCAGGAUGGCAGGUUGGGGGAGAGGGCCACUCCCCGCAGAUUCUCUCGAAUAAGCUCAUCUUAACACCACCCUACCCAGGAAACACCAGAGGAUAUGUGUGGUCACAGACGCCUGUCGCCCAGUCCGAAUGGACAGCCGAACUCCAAUUCCGAGCCAGCGGCGUCGAACGAGGAGGCGGAAACCUCCAGCUCUGGUUCGCGAAAGAUGGCCAGAGUAAAAUCGGUACCUCCAGUAUCUACACUGUCGGCGCGUUCGACGGCCUCGCGCUUGUUGUCGAUAUGCAUGGCGGAAGAACUACAAGAGCCAGACCAGCGUGGACAGUCUCGCCUUCGGCCACUGCGACUACUCAUACCGCAACCUUGGCCGGCCAUCUGUCCUGCGCAUCAAGCACACCAAGUCCCGUCUUCGAAGUCACCGUCGAUGACCGAGUGUGCUUCUCGACCGACAAGGUCGCCAUCCCCGCCGGAAAUACCUUCGGUAUCACCGCGGCUACGCCCGAAAACCCCGACUCCUUCGAGAUCUUCAAGUUCGUCGUGCAGUCCGCGCAGUCCGGUAGCGCGGGAUCCGUUCCCGUCUCGCGGCAAAACACGCAGCAGCAGCCGAUCGCGCAGGCACAAGGGUCGAACGCGCAACAGCAACAACAACAACAACAGCAGCAGCAGCAGCAAGGCGGACAGUCGAUAGAUGCGCAGUUCAUGGACCUCAGCUCGCGGAUCCAGCUGAUCAGCCACGCGACGAACAACGUUAUCCGGGAGCUGAGCAACCAGGGCACCAGGGCGGACAGCCGGCAGACGGAGCUGCUGCAGAGAAUGGCGACCAAGGAGCAAGUGGCGGGGCUGGACGCGCGGCUGCAGCGUAUGGAGUCGUUGCUGCAGAACAUCCAGCGGGAUCUGGCGGGCAAGGACUACCGCGAGCGGUUCAGCCAGCUGGAGAAGACGCUCCAGUCAUCGCACCUGAGUCUGACGGAGAGCCUACAGGGCCACAUCCUGCACGUGAUGACGGCGUCGACACCGCGCAUGGGCUUCUUCAUUUUCGUCAUCAUCGGCGUGCAGGUCCUGCUUGCGGGAUCGUACAUCGUGUACAAGCGGCGCAAAGCGAACAUGCCCAAGAAGUUCCUCUGA